AUGUCAAUUCCAGAAACCCAAAAAGCUGUUAUCUUUUCCGAAAACAAUGGACCAUUGGAAUACAAAGAUAUUCCAGUUCCAAAGCCAAAACCAAAUGAAAUUUUAAUUCACGUCAGAUACUCUGGUGUGUGUCACACCGAUCUGCACGCUUGGAAAGGUGACUGGCCAUUGCCAACCAAGCUGCCCUUGGUUGGUGGUCACGAAGGUGCCGGUGAAGUCGUUGCCCUUGGCUCUGACGUCAAGAACUGGAAAAUCGGUGAUCUGGCGGGUAUCAAGUGGUUAAACGGUUCGUGCAUGUCUUGUGAAGCUUGUGAACAGUCCCACGAAUCUAACUGUCCGGAUGCUGACCUUUCUGGUUACACUCACGACGGUUCCUUCCAGCAAUACGCUACAGCCGAUGCCGUUCAAGCUGCUCAUAUCCCAGCUGGUACCAAUCUAGCUGAAGUGGCACCCGUCCUAUGUGCGGGUAUUACCGUUUACAAGGCUUUAAAGAGUGCCAACUUGAAGGCUGGCCAAUGGGUUGCCAUCUCUGGUGCAGCCGGUGGUCUGGGAUCCCUCGCGGUUCAAUACGCUAGAGCCAUGGGUCUAAGGGUUCUAGGUAUUGAUGGUGGUCCAGGUAAAGAAGAACUAUUCAAGACUUUGGGUGGUGAAUGCUUUAUCGAUUUCACCAAAGAACAUGACAUCGCCGAAGCUGUUAUCAAGGCAACUAACGGUGGUGCUCACGGUGUCAUCAACGUGUCAGUCAGUGAAGGUGCCAUCUCUGCCUCUACCAAGUACGUCAGAUCAUGCGGUACUUCCGUCCUUGUUGGUAUGCCAGCGGGUGCCAUCUGCAAGUCUGAGGUUUUCGACCAAGUGGUUAGGUCUACCAAGAUUGUAGGUUCCUACGUUGGUAACAGGGCUGACACUAGAGAAGCUCUCGACUUCUUUGCCCGUGGUCUUGUAAAGGCCCCCAUUAAGAUCGUAGGUCUUUCCACUUUGCCUGAGAUCUUCGAAAAGAUGGAAAAGGGUCUAAUCGCAGGUCGUUACGUGGUCGACACUUCCAAGUGA